CCAUUUGGAUUGAUGGACGUAUUAUAAAGUGGAAUCACGAAAAGAAUAAUUGGCAAAGAGCUAUAGGGUUAAUCGAUGAUAAUUGGAAGUAUAAAGAAUUUUCAGAUCGAGAUAGUGAUAAUUUAAAAAAAGGUCUUUUCGUUGCAUUAAAAAGGCUUAAUAAUUCAUCAAAUAUUAAAGAUCAAUUUUUAAAUGAAAUGACAGAGUUUUUAUUUCCAAUACUUGGAAUCACUCAAGAUCCUGGGACUUCAGAAUAUAUAAUCGUGAUGAAUUAUGCACAUGGAGGAAGUUUAAGAAGUAAUUUACAAAAGAUAUGUAGGAUGAAUUGGAAAAAACGAUUAUUUAUUUUGAAUUUAAUUAUAUUUGGGCUUGUUGGAAUUCAUCAAUUAAAUCUAGUUCAUAAAGAUUUGCACAGUGGAAAUAUACUGGUGUGUAAUUAUUUUAAUGAAAAUGAUGAUUGGAACAUUCCAUUAAUAAGUGAUCUUGGAUUGUCACAACGAGUUCAAAAAUAUUCAUUAAAAAAUGAUAUUGAGGAUAUAAGAGAUGAUAAAAUUGAACAGGCUAUCAUGCAAUUUCGAAGUUCUGAUAAGGAACUUCAAGAAAUUUCUGUCCAACCAACAGCACAAAAUGCGGGGCAUACUUUACAAGCCGAACUAUUAACUUAUCUGAAUUAA